UUAAGUAAGCAGGAGGGAACUUGCACUAGUUGGUCCUGAGGUCCUCCUACUGGAGAGACAACUGUAAAGUUGUACCGAUGACCUGACCACUAGAGCGGGAUGAGCGACGUGUGGGUCUCUCUGGUGGUAUUGGCAGUCGCGGUGCUCCUCAGCGAGGUAGCCCGCCAGGCGGCCACGCGCGUACUCCGCGGUGCCACCGGAGCUCUGGCUCUGGAGGCGGCUUCCACUUUCCAGCUCUGCUGCUGCUCGCAUGAGCUCAAGUUGCUCGGGGACACCGCGCGGCUGGAGCCGGCGGUCAGCCUGACGCUUUGCUACGCCAUCACUGUCGUCCAUCUGCUGUCCUUCCGGGGAGCUUCGUGUAAUCCCUGCGGCAUCGUGGAGCGAGUUUGCCGCGAGAGCCGCAGCGUCGGAGCGGCUCUAGCGGUAAUCGCCGGGCAGUUCGGCGCCGCGUUGGCCGCGCAGUACGCCACCGCCUCGGUGUGGUCUCAGGGUCUGUCGGAGAUGCACGUUCGGCACCGGCGCUUCGGCUUCAGGUGCUUUGACCCCCUGGGGGGCACCGUGCUGGAGGCGGCCGCCGUGGAGCUGGGCUGUGCCUUCGCCGUCCAGGCUGUGUCUCUGCAUGCUCACAAAUUGGACAAGAAGCUCCGCGUUCCUGUCUUCGCAGCCGUUAUUACAGCGCUGGUGUACGCAGGUGGAAGCAUCUCCGGGGCAGUCUUUAACCCCGUCCUGGCCUUCUCCAUCCAGUUCCCCUGCAGUGGCCACACAUACCUGGAAUACUGCUUCAUUUACUGGCUGGGGCCGGCCUUAGGCAUCGUGAGCUGCAUCCUGCUCUUUGAGAAGAUCCUCCCGUUCCUGGGGCGGCACGUUCCCAACGCCGCCGUUCCCAAGCACAAGAGCCAAUAGGCAAACAUUAGUGUUUGUGUUGUACAACAGGUUGACCUUGCUCAAGCAUUUAUGCAGUGUUUGAGGCAUUCAACUUAACAUAAUAUGUUUUUAAAUGCAGUUUAGUCGGAAAGUAAACACUUAGAAGCACAUAUCAGAUGAGUGCUAGUCAUCUUGCAAUACCGCUUGGUGCCUCAAGAGGCGAUAGUGAGCCGCAUGGCUCCUCUCGGCUGGUACGGAGAAAACGUGAAGCAAUAUGAGCAUCAUUGAAUCACUUUCAAACGCUACCUGGAAACAGAAAUGGUAAUUUACGAGAUUACAUUUUCUUACGUUCAUAUUUGUUCGAGUAAUGUUUUUCAGCUUAUUAUAAAACAUAACAAAACUGUGAAACCUUUAGUUGUUAGUUUACCCUUAUGACACGUAAGAUUUCAACAUUAUUUUUUUUGGCGUAAAAAUUGAUCGUCACUCUAUUUAGCGUCUGUAGGUGAAGAUUGUGUCAGAAAUACGUCGAUUUUUUUUUACUGUGAAUGUAUAAAAAAAAAAGACGUUUGCAGAGAGCCUUAAUUUUCCUGUUGUCGUUGAAACGGAGAGGGUUCUCAGGGUGUUGAGGUGUCUCCAAGGAUGCACUGGUUUGGAGCGGUCAAAGGUAUAGAUGUGUGUUCAAGUCGAAGAACACGGCAAGUUGCCCUCUGUUUGGUGGAUUUGGUCAAUAAGUGGCAGCAAGCACUGGUAAACUGUGGUCUUUAUAAGGCUUUAUGCUGUGGUACUGUAACAAUAUACAAAGAAUACAAAAAUGUCACUGAAUAAAUAAUCAGUUAAAGCUGCUUUAAAAAGUAGUCUCGUAAUACCAUCUUUUGCAACGUGAUCCAGUAAUCGAUCACGUAUUUUAUUCAUUUUAAUGCUAACUCGUUCUUCAGGGUGAACGUCAUGAAUUAAGGACACUCAAAAAAUGUAAGUAGAAUCCUUGGUUGUACGAUGAAGUAAAAUACUCAUUUUCGUCACUAAUCACGCACUAUUACAGUAAGUAUUUUAUUGAUUUUAUUUCUAAAUCGUGUUUGCGAAGGGUGAAAUGAAUUUAGGACCUUCAAAAAGCGUUAGUUGAAGAAUUUUAAGGAGAAUCUUUAGUUGUACAAUCAAGUCAAGUGAAUGUGAUGAAAGGGCUUGCCUACGCAGUGGAACAUUGGUUAGCAUCCGCCCCAGUUAGCGUGUUUUUCAUUUAACGUGGGAAAUUUACGCCAUAAGUUUGCCUCGGCUUGUGUACAUUUUCCGGUUGGCGUACAAUUUGGCGCGCGUCUUGUCAUGUUAUUAAUACACUGCGUGAGUCCAACUGUGUUCUUUAAUGGGGGUUUUUUAUCACAAAACACCCUGUUAGCAUCCUUAGCUUGCUAACAAAAUGGCAACCGAGACCAGAAGUCAGCUACUGUAUGUAGGCCAUCUAUGAUGUCAUUAGCAUGUGACUCAAAAAUGUUUUUGUAGUUUUUACAUGCAGAAAACAACUGUAAAUACAUAUAAAUGAGGAAUGAAAGGGAUAAAUGACCAUUUAAGAUUUGUAUUACCUUCACUGAAGACAUGAUCGUUGCGAAAGACACAAUGUGGCAUCGAGAUCAACAUGGAUGCCACCUUCCUGUUUUGCCAUGAGUUAUUUCUUGGAUUUAAUAAUGUUUCUCACCUUCUUUAUCAAAAUACUGCCACUUGCAACUUUCUUUGGCUCCAUUUUGGCUUAUUCAGUUGAAUUCGAGAAAUAACUCAUGGCAAAACAGGAAGGUGAUGUUGAUCUCGCUGCCACAUCGUGUCUUUGGGAACAGUCACGUCACGAAUCACGUCUUCAAUGAAGGUAAAUGUAACGGUAAAUGUUCAUACAUCCCUUUCAUUUGUCAUUUAUAUGCAUUUACAUUUGUUUUCUGCAUAUGCAACACAAUUCAACUAAUUGUAAAUAUAUAAAAAUAUAUAUAUAAACAUAUUUUGUUUUAAAAUUCUUUGCUUUCUGGAAAGGAUUAAUUGGAUUUACAUUAUUUCUGGGAAAUGGGGAAAAAUGUAUUCGCUUAGCGUCCGUUUCAGUUAGAGUCGGACCUUCUGGAACAAAUCAGUGACGCUAACCAAUGUUCCACUGUACUUGGAAAAAUAGUUUCUCUCGUAAUACCUACCACCUUUUGUGACGGGAUCAAGUAAAAUAAUCCAUUUCGAAGCCUCGCCACUUUGUUGGGCAGUUAAUCAAAUGCUGUACACUAGCCCCUUGCUCAAAUUAAGCAUUUUCAAGAAUAAAAUUGGCUAAAUGAAGUAAAAUGCAAAUACAAGGCAUUUGGAAGACGCAUUUAAAGAUGUUGUGAUGAUAUGUAGUAUUCUACAUUGGUCACUAGGUGUCAGUAAUGUUACUGUAAUGUUCAGCGAGACACACAAGCACCAGACUUGAUCACUCAAACAACGGGCUUUUAUUGCCGAUGCGAUUUAUCUCACAGCGGGCACAAUAAUCCCUAACAUGGGCUACUGUCAUGGCCGUAACCCAUGCCAAGCUAAAACUCAAUGAUUAGAAAA